CGUGACGCCGCAGUUGGCGCAGUUCACUCCUCCAUCACUGCUUGCCACAUGUUUAUUGUCGCGUUUCCCUAACCUAAAACUAAAGUACUUCUAUUUAUUUAUGAUAUUCGAAGAAAAAAAUGUCGGUACCGGACAAAGUGUUGAUGAGAAAAAUCAAAAAAAGGGAGAAAAAUAAAUUGAAAGUAUUACAAAAACGGGAGCAACCAGAAACAUCCGAAUCAAUUGCGAAUGCAACAAUCAAGGAGAAAACAGAUGAAGGACCUGUCAGGAAAAAGAGAAAAAAGAUUCAAGUUCCAGAACCUGUGACAGAGGAAGGACCCAACGAGUCAGUCAGUAGUAACGAGGACAGUGGAAUCGAAGAACAAGCUAGCAAUGGAAAUGUCAGAUCCGAUGUGUCAAAAGGCUUGCCAGGAUCGGCUGUGGGACUAGAAGUUAUGAAAACUGCAUCAUUUUCGACUUUGAAGGACACAGUAUGCGAGAAUACGUUAAAAGCCAUUGUGGAGAUGGGUUUUGAAAACAUGACUGAAAUUCAAGCUCGUUCGAUACCUCCGCUUUUAGAAGGUAGAGAUUUGGUUGGAGCAGCUAAAACCGGGUCAGGAAAAACAUUGGCUUUCCUCAUACCAGCGGUGGAAUUGAUUUAUAAAUUAAAAUUUAUGCCUCGCAAUGGUACAGGCUGUAUCAUAAUAUCUCCGACUCGUGAAUUGUCAAUGCAAACGUUUGGGGUUCUGAAAGAACUCAUGAAAUACCAUUAUCACACUUAUGGGCUGUUGAUGGGUGGUGCAAGUCGACAAACAGAGGCACAGAAAUUAGCAAAGGGUGUAAAUAUCAUUGUUGCCACCCCUGGACGAUUACUCGACCAUUUGCAAAAUACUCCAGACUUUCUGUACAAGAAUCUUCAGUGUCUGAUCAUCGACGAAGCUGAUCGGAUUUUGGAUAUUGGUUUCGAAGAGGAGCUCAAACAAAUCGUCAAUAUUUUACCGAAAAAACGGCAAACGAUGUUGUUCAGCGCGACCCAAACGAAAAAGACGGAAGCUCUAACAUCAUUGGCACUCAAGAAAGAACCAGUUUACGUCGGCGUCGACGACGAAGAGGAAAAAGCUACGGUCGAAGGUCUGGAACAAGGUUACGUCGUUUGUCCCAGCGAGAAAAGGUUUCUUCUUCUUUUCACCUUCCUGAAGAAAAAUCGCAAGAAAAAGGUCAUGGUUUUCUUCAGCUCUUGCAUGUCCGUUAAAUACCAUCACGAGCUUCUCAAUUACAUCGAUUUGCCGGUCAUGAGUAUACACGGAAAGCAAAAACAAACGAAACGAACGACAACUUUCUUCCAAUUUUGUAACGCAACUUCCGGCAUAUUAUUGUGUACGGACGUGGCUGCGAGAGGUUUGGACAUUCCAGACGUCGAUUGGAUUGUACAGUACGAUCCUCCGGACGACCCUAAAGAGUACAUUCAUCGUGUCGGUCGUACCGCACGUGGCCAAGGCAGCAGUGGUCACGCUCUUCUCAUUCUCCGACCCGAGGAGCUCGGUUUUCUUCGUUAUCUCAAACAAGCUCGCGUUCCCGUAAACGAGUUCGAUUUCACCUGGAAUAAAAUAGCUGACAUACAGCUUCAACUCGAGAAAUUGAUUUCCAAGAAUUAUUUCCUCAACAUGUCAGCCAAGGAAGCUCUCAAAGCAUACGUAAGAGCUUACGAUUCUCACCAUCUGAAGCAAAUAUUCGACGUUGAGACCUUGGAUCUCGUCAAGGUGGGCAAAUCAUUCGGAUUCACGGUGCCUCCUGCCGUCGAUUUGAAAGUGGGAGUCAGCAAGGAUUCGCGUCCCCGCAAAAGGCUCGGCGGAGGAGGUUACGGAUACUUCAAGAACAUGAACAAUUCAAGCGGUGGCAAACAAAUCGAGCGUAGCAAAACCUUCCGACAGGUGGGAAAAAGAAACAAGGACUCGCGACAAUUCGCCAGAUGAGAUUACACACGCUCCACAGGACUGUCGUUACAGGCGCGUCCUCCAAUUUCUCCGAUUUCUUAUAUACACCUCUAUCAUUUUCUCGUUUCCUUAAAAACAGGAUGUACAGUCGAAUGUUGAAUAAAGGAUUAUCGCUACGUCGAAGAAA